AUGGAAGUAUUGCAAAAGAUAAUAUAAUAAUCAGGAACCAAUCUAUCUCUAAUUGAUUUAGAAUUUAAGUAGAUGUAUAUACUUUAAUUGUAGGCAAAUAGAAAAUUUACAGGAAUUGCUUCCAUUUCUUAUAUAAUUUAAGAAUCUAAAGGAAGUAAGAAAUUUUUAUAAUUAAAGUUAAAUUUACAUGGAAAUAGAUUAAGAAAUUUACCAGAUGAUUUAUCUUAAUUAAAAAGUCUGGAAACAUUAGAUAUAACCAAUAAUAUGUUUGAAAAUGUAAUAUUUUAUUUUUAAUUUAGUUGCAAUAAGUAGUUCAAUCAUUAAAAACAUUACCUUAAUUAAAUCAUUUGGAAAUAGCAUUAAAAUCUAAAGAAGAGGAAGAAUUUAUAAUUGAAAAUCUGCCAUAAUUAUAGAUGUUAAACUAAUAAGCUAUUAAAAUUGAGGACCAUUCUGAAUAACAAAGUGAUAUGCAAUCAGAGAGAUCAGUAACAGGUUUAGAAAUAACAUUACAAUAAGAAGAUCUAGAAUAGAUGGCUGUAUAGAAUUAUAUUAAAAAUUAGUUGUUACAUGAUAGCAUAAAAGAGUUGAGAAAGGAAGAUGAAGAAUCAGAAAAAUAAAUUUCAUCAAUUUUUGAGAACUCUAUCAAAACUGUAAUGAAAGAAUUAUAGACUAAGUUAGCAUAAAAAGCAAGUGAACACAUUUCAAAUUUAACUAUUCUGAAAGUUUUAAUUAUAUUUAAAAAUAGGCUAAAUACAAUUUAUAUGAAGUCUGUUUUUAAUUGUUUCUAAGAUACUUUAAAUUAACAGAUAGAAAAUUAGAGUAAAUUAUAACAAAAUUGCAUGAUUAACAUCAAUAAAUAUUUACAGAUAUGUCUAAUAUUAUAAUGAAUGUUAGGGAUAAUUAAUAAAUAUAAUUAAUAGAUAAAAAAUAAUUAGAAAUAAACUAAGGGUAAUUAAAAUAAGAUAAGGGAACAGAAUAAAGACUUAGAUAAGAGCUAUAAGAAUUGUAAUCUUAUACAAGGGAAAUUGAAUAAGAAAAUAAAUCUUAUUUAGAAUUAUUAAUUAAAUUUGGAAAAGGUGAAAAGAUACAAUUAAAUUCAAUUAAAAAGAAUAGUAAUCAUUAGGUAAAGGCUGAAUUUUAAAAUUUUGAUAAUUCAUCUUAAUUAAUAUAAUAGAAUAAUAAUAAUAAUGAUAAAGAAUUUGCUCUAAAUUUAAUUAAGCCAUAAUAGAGUUAAUAUGCAUCUAUUCAAAAUAAGAUUAAUUAAUAGCAAUCUAAUGUUUUGGUUUAAGCUCCAUAAAUGGUUAAGACAUUAACUUUAAAGUAAUUUAAAGAUUUAAUAUUGGAAAUAUAUGAAAGUAAAUUGAAAUUUGAUUAAAGAUGCUCUGAUUCUCAUCUACCAAGAGAGACCAUGGAAUAGCAUAUGUAUACAUUUUUAAAUUAGAAAUAUGGUUUAAAGAGUUUAAUACUUGAAUGGGUUUCUUGUAUAAUAAAUGCAUUAAAAAGAUAUGGAAAUGAAGAUAAUGAUGUUGCAGUGUUUGGUAAAAUCUUAAGAAAUGAAUGUGAUGAAGAAUUUAGAUUCAUUUAAGGUUAAGUUAAGAAUACAAUUUUGGAAUUGUUGAAAGUAAGAUUUUAUAAUAAUUAUAAUAGAUGUAUCUAAGAGGGAAAUUUCCAUUAAAAACAAAUGCUGAUAUUAAAGAAAUGAUGAAUUAAAGAGUUAAUAGUUUUAUAUUCUAAGAAGAGGCUGAAGAUAUUAUUAAAUAUAUGUAUAAUCAAGAAGAUUCAGAAUUAAUUCUUAACAAAUUAAAAUAAUAUUUCAUCUAAUAGACAAAACAUGUAGAGAAAAGAAUGACAAGAGAAGAGUAAUUUUAAAUAGUGAAUGAGAAAGAUAAAUCUAAGAUUGAAUUUUCAAUAUUUUAGAAGUUUAUUUUAGAUUUUUAAAUGAAAUCACAUGAAAAAUACUUAUCAACUUUUAUUUAGCAUUUUAAAUAAUAAGAUUAAGAUUAGAAUGGAAUUAUAGAUGAAGUAAUAAUAAUUUUAAAAAUAGAAUGAAUUUCGAUAAUUGAUUACAGAAUUAAAUAUUGGAAUUAAUGAUUUAGAUAUCUAGAGAUAUUUAAAUAAGAUAGAUCCAUAUAAUAAUUAAUAAAUAACAUUUUCUUAAUGUGUUCAAUUAUUUUCUCAAGAAUAAGCACCAGGAACAAAUGUCCCUAUCAUCUAAAAAAUUUUAUCUGAAAAUUUGUGA